AUGGGGAGGGUCAAGGGGGUUGGAGUACUAAAAUUUGUAGAAGAACUUAUGGGUGUGGUUUGUGGUGUAGUAUUAAUGAAGGCUGAUAAAGAAGCUUGUAUUUCUGAUGUUUUGAGUCAUCAAGAGGGGAAUGAUGUUAGAUUUUGGAACUUGAGAUUUUAUAGGGAUUUCGAAGACUGGGAGCUUGCUGCUUCUUUUUCUCUUCUUGAUUUUGUUCAAGCUCAUCUUCCACGUGGAGUAGGCAGCGAUUUUUUGUGUUGGGGUCUUAAUGGAAAUGAGCUGGUAACUUCACAUUUUGGUAUAUCAAAUCAACUGCUAGUGAAAACAUUAUUUUUUCCUUUUUGGUUCCUUUACUGUUUAAGUUCGACUAACGUUCUUGCAUUGGUGCUACAGCUGACCUCGAAGGCUAAUGCAUCAGGGAUCACGAUUCAGCCCUCCAUUCCUGUGCAAAUUAUGCAGAUUGUUGUUGCAAUGUUUGUCAUGGACUCUUGGCAGUACUUUGUGCAUCGCUACAUGCAUCAUAACAAGUUUCUGUACCGCCACAUCCACUCUCAGCAUCACAGGCUGGUUGUCCCCUAUGCAAUUGGGGCCCUUUACAAUCAUCCACUUGAAGGACUCUUGCUGGACACUUUUGGUGGGGCAAUCUCUUUUCUCGUCUCAGGGAUGACUGCACGAACAGCUGUUUUUUUCUUCUGCUUUGCUGUUAUUAAAACUGUUGAUGAUCACUGUGGUCUUUGGUUGCCUGGCAAUAUUUUCCAUAUUGUCUUCCAGAACAACAGUGCUUAUCAUGACAUCCAUCAUCAACUCCAAGGACUUAAGUACAACUACUCUCAACCUUUCUUUCCCAUAUGGGAUAAACUUCUUGGAACGCACAUGCCAUACAAUCUAGUAAAGCGACCUGAAGGGGGUUUUGAGGCAAGGGCAAUGAAAGACUAGAAGUUCACUAACAAUUUUCUCAGUGUAUUACUUUAACCUCACUCAGACAGGAAUGAUUUUUGGUUGAGGAUGAGCCAUGUGUUGGGAAGCUGAAAGAAUUAUUAGAGGCUACAUUGUAGGCAUCCAGUCGGAGUUAAUUUGAUUUCAUUCCUCUUUUGAUUGCUCAACACUAUUUUCAGUCGGUUCUUGUAGCACCACCAAUCUAUUAUGAAUUCUAAUUGUGUUAUUCUAUGUUGUCUAUUAGGUAGCAUAUUUGCUUCCUUUGUCAUGGAAUGUUAGGAUAUUCAGGACUAUUGAGAUUGGUGUACUUGCCAUGUAUGUUGCUUUAGAUAGCUAGAAAUUGUUUGCAAAAUAAGGAAUUUGUAAUUUGGAAUGCUUUAAUGAUUUGAAUUCAGACUAUCAUGCCCUGGUUGUUCCAA